UCGGAUUUCUGUUUCCCUGACAACCAAACCGACAAAUCUCCUUUCCCUUCUUCCUUUUAUCGUCUGUGUUUUGUCUGUUUCGGGACACCCUGAGCUUCAUAAACUCUUUGUUUUGUAUUUGGAAACCAUCGAUUUCUCCCCCAAAAAAAAAAAAAAACCUCUCUGUAAAUAGCAAAACCGAUCCAUUUCCGAAGCAAAAACACUCUCUUUACAUUUACAAUUAUACAUAUUUAUUUGGAAAAAAAAAAAGGAAAGAAAUGGCUUCUUCUAGUCCUUGCACUGUCGAAGAGAUCUUCAAAGACUAUAGCGCGCGACGCUCCGCUCUCGUUCGGGCACUCACUUACGAUGUAGAUGAUUUCUACUCGCAAUGCGAUCCAGAUAAGGAGAAUUUGUGUUUGUAUGGACACCCAAAUGAGUCAUGGGAGGUAGCUUUACCAGCAGAGGAAGUUCCACCGGAGCUCCCUGAGCCUGCCUUGGGUAUAAAUUUUGCAAGAGAUGGGAUGAAUCGUAAAGACUGGCUUUCACUGGUUGCUGUGCAUAGUGAUUGUUGGUUGCUCUCCAUAGCUUUCUAUUUUGGAGCUCGACUUAAUCGCAACGAGAGGAAGCGCUUAUUUAGCAUGAUAAAUGAUCUUCCCACCGUCUUUGAAGUUGUAACUGGAAGGAAGCCUGUGAAAGACAAGCCUAUGGUGGAGAGCGCCAGCAAAUCACGAAACAGCGCAAAGAGGUCAAUUGAUGGACAGCCAAGGAGCAAUCCUAAGUUAGCUGAUGAAAGUUACGAGGAUGAUGAAGAAGAGCAGGGUGAUACCUUUUGUGGGAGCUGUGGGGGAGGUUACAAUUCUGAUGAGUUUUGGAUUGGUUGUGACAUGUGUGAACGGUGGUACCAUGGAAAGUGUGUGAAAAUUACACCAGCAAAAGCAGAAACGAUUAAGUUUUACAAAUGUCCUUCAUGCCAAAAAAAGGCAAGGCAGUAGCAGCCAACGGAGAGACUAACCUGAUCGGUUUUGUUCACUGAUGUUGUUGUAAAGCAGCUAUAGUGAAUGCAUAAUUCUGUUGGUACUGCAAAAAUCCUUUCUUAUAUUGCAAGCCAAUUACUUUGGUUCUUUUAGGUACAUGAAAAUGACAUGUAGUGGCAUACCAAUGGACACUUGCAUAGGCUUUGUGUAGAUUAAUACUUUCUUAACUUACUUUCAUGUUCGGCAGCGGUGAAUGCAGUCUUCCGAGUUUUCAAAUUUCAGAAUCGAGAGGAUACUUAGUCACUCUCUUAAGUCCUUAUGGCUGAUCAGGUACCUCGAUGGAUUCAGUUUUUUAUGUUCGAGAAACAUCUAUCCUGUUCAGUUAAUACCUUUUCUGUAUCACUUAUCGAAAAUUUGCAAGGGACAUUGAGUAUUUCCCUUAAGAUCAUGUGAUUUAUGCUUUUCUGUCAUGGCAUCGAAUUCACAGGUUGUUCUUCUCUUAUUUU